AUGGCUAAUCAUAUUUGUUGUUGGUUUUGGAAGAGAAUGUUGGUGAGAAAAUCAAGGAAAACUCAACCAAAAGUUCCUCCAGCUCCGGUUAUUGUCAUCCACGAUGAUGAGAAAUCACCUGAGCAACUUUUCAAUAUAUAUGCAAACAAGGCCACAAGAACAAUCGAGCCGGUCGGAAUCGAGAGGCUUUGUGCGGAUCUAGGAAUCGCACAUACUGAUGUUCGCAUACUAAUGCUUGCAUGGAAGAUGUCAGCUUCAAGGAUGGGAUACUUUACACGGGCUGAAUGGCGAAACGGCUUCGAUUCAUUGAGAGCUGGUACUAUGCAGAAUCUAUCAAGAGCACUGACGAAAUUGCAAACUGAUAUCAAGAAAGAGGGAUUCAGUCAGGAGUUUCUGGAUCUGUAUUCGUUUGCGUUCAAGUACUGCUUGACUGAGGACAUGCAAAGGAUUUUAGAGACGGAGAGCGUGUGCGAGUUGCUGGAUAUGGUCUUAGGUUCCAAGUUCCCUGCACAAGUUGCUAAACUUGUUGAGUACCUUAAGUGUCAGACUGAUUAUAAGGCAAUCAACAAGGACCAGUGGGAGGCGUUUUACCAGUUUUGCAACGAGGUAAGCUAUCCAGACAUGACAAACUAUGAUGAAAACAGUGGAUCCUAUCCAUCGAUCAUGGAUGGUUUUGUUGAUUGGAUGAAAGAGGGGAAAAACUAA